UUGUAGGCUUUGGGAUAAGGAACGAGGACAGCAUAAAAGGAAGCUCAGUAGUGCCGUUGAGAGGGGAAUCUUCUCAUCUGCCCUGGCAUGGCAAAUAUAAAAGGGCUUGCAUAGGUAGGGAGCAACAGGUUUAAUCAAGAGUUUGUGUGACAUAGGCCAGUAAUUCAUAUUCCAGAAGUGGAGGUGAUGGAUAUUUUUGUAAAGUGGGGAGAGUAAAGCUGGACAGCAGAGGUAAAAACCUUGGCUAAAUCCUGAUGGGCUGCACCGUGAGUUUGGCCCUUCUGGAGGAUGAACUUUGCAGUGUUCCAUUUGUUCCACAUAGUCAGCCACAAGACACGAUCAACACCAUGUCAGAGCCUGAAGGAUUAGCUUCAAGUUCCCACACUUUCAAGACCAAGACAUUCAAGAAGCCCAAAACCUGUGCUACCUGCAAACAGGUGAUCAACAAAGACGGUGUUUCAUGCAGAGUUUGCAGAUUUGCCUGUCAUAAGAAAUGUGAAACAAAGGUAGUAACUGCCUGUUUGCCACCGGUCAACUAUGAACUGCCAGAUAAUACAGAUUCCUUCUUACAUCAUGUAGCCAGGACGACGUCAAGCACUUUUUCAAAGAGUUCAUCUUUCAGUUACGAUAAAAUAUCUCAAAGCGUGGAUCACAUUAUGGAGGAAGGCUAUGAACUUGACCUGACUUACAUCACCGAACGUAUAAUUGCAGUUUCCUUCCCCACUGCAUGUUCAGAGGAAACCUACCUCCAUAACUUGCAAGAUGUUACACGCAUGCUUAAAUCGAAACAUGCAGACAACUAUUUGGUGUUCAACCUUUCAGAAAAAAUAUUUGAUCUGUCUAAACUUAACCCAAAGAUCAUGGACGUGGGCUGGCCUGACCUUCACGCUCCCCCUCUUGAUAAGAUGUGCACCAUCUGCAAGGCCAUGGAGAACUGGCUCAACAGCGACUCCCAGCAUGUGGUGGUGAUUCACUGCAAAGGUGGUAAAGGUAGAAUUGGUGUUGUAAUAUCUUCAUACAUGCAUUUCACCAAUAUAUCUGCAAGUGCUGAUCAAGCAUUGGAUCGCUUUGCAAUGAGGAAGUUUUAUGAUGAUAAAGUUUCGGCUUUAAUGCAGCCUUCACAAAAGCGAUAUGUUCAGUUCCUGAGUGGGCUUCUGUCAGGCUCUAUGAAAAUGAAUACUUCACCCCUUUUUCUGCACUAUGUCGUUCUUCAUGGGAUACCCAGUUUUGACAGCGGUGGAGGUGAGAGCUGCUUGUUAAUGAACAGCAGUACACAUAAGCACUGGUGUGUUUCCCAAGGCAAAGUGUGUCGACCAUUUUUGAAAAUCUACCAGGCAAUGCAGCCAGUGUACACUUCAGGAAUCUACAAUGUAGGCCAGGAGAAUCAAAGCAGGAUAUGCAUUGUCCUCGAGCCAGCACAGCUGCUGAAGGGUGACAUAAUGGUAAAAUGUUACCACAAAAAGUUCCGGUCAGCUACACGUGACGUUGUGUUCUGCCUUCAGUUUCACACUGGCUCAGUGCAAGGUUAUGGAUUAGUGUUUGGCAAGGAAGAACUUGAUAAUGCAAACAAAGAUGACAGAUUUCCAGAUUAUGGGAAGAUUGAGUUGGUGUUUUCAGGCAGCCCAGAGAAAAUCCAAGGUUCUGAGAACUUGCAAAACGAUCAUGGUGUGACGGUGGAUUACAGCACUGCUGACCCGCUUAUACGGUGGGACUCCUAUGAAAACAUGAGCUCAGAUGGUGAAGUGCUGCACACUCAGGGGCCUGUUGAUGGGAGCCUGUAUGCCAAAGUGAGUAAAAAGAGCUCUUCAGACUGCAGCAUAGCAGUGGCGGCCCAUGGGGUGGCAGUGACCAGCAGCCCUGACCACAGCGACCACACCUUGUCAGUCAGCAGCGACUCCGGCCACUCUACAGCAUCAAUACGGACAGACCGCGUCUCGGGGAUCAAGCGAGGACUGAGUACGCAGGAAAAAGCUGAGCUUGACCAUCUCCUGAGCGGAUUUGGACUGGAGAACCCAGCUCCCUCCAAGGAAAUGUCAGGAGGGAAUCAGCUGGGUGGUGUGCAACACAUUGUGCCUGCCCAGGUGCACAUCAGUGGGGAGGUAAAACUCAAGGACAGGGAGACCGACAUCCUGGAUGAUGAGAUGCCCAACCACGACCUUCACAGUGUAGACAGCAUAGGCACCCUCUCGUCCUCUGAAGGCCAGCACUAUAACCACCUUGGCCACUUUGUCUUCCACAAGAGCAGCCAAAACUCAUUGUUGUCGGAUGGCUUCGGCAGCAACACUGGCGACGAUCAACAUACUCCCAUCGCCCCUGACCUGGGCAUCAGUGUGGAUGUCUACGAAAGGGCCUUCAGCGAGGCUAAGCAAGGCUACCUGCCACAGAGAACCCCACCUGUUUCCACAGCUACCACCCCCAAGCCUCAGGCUUUUGGACAGAGCGGUUACUCCACCCAGACCUGGGUCCGCCAGCAACAGAUGGUGGCUGCCCAGCAGUAUACAUACUCGCCAGCUGAGGGUGAUGUGAGGUUCUCCCCGGAGAACAAACAGAGCAAGCUUGAGACUCAGCCCAAGCUUCCAAAUACCUCCACUAGAGGGAGCAGCAGCAGGGAUGCUGUGCAGAGAGGGAUAGUUGUCGGGUCCCUUCCUACUGCCAAUAAGAGUCCAAAGGAAACCAAUGAUUUGGACCAGACCUGCAAGGAAGAGGAGUUACCAUCCUCCCCCACCAUGGAUAUUGAUCAGUCGAUUGAGCAGCUGAAUCAGUUGAUAAUGGAUCUCGACCCCACGUUUGUGCCUAUCCCUACACGUGUGAAUUCUGUAAAGAGGGGAGGUGUGGAUCAGAUGAAUGGAUCUACUUUCAGUAAAGUGGAAGGGGUUGCCGCCACCAAUGGAGUGAACGCCACGCUUCAGGAAAAAAGAGAAAUGGUGAUUCCACAAAACAUUUGCCAACCAGCUGUGCAAGCUAACGAUACAACAAAUGGACAGACAAGGGAUCUAAGUGUUGGUCAGUAUGAUAAUGAUGCAACAAGACACUCAGUGUUCAGCAGGACUGGGUGGAUGAAGGCCGAAAAGUCCCAGAACAUAUCAUAUACUACAAUUGUGCAAGCUUCAGAGCGUGCUUCAAGAUACAGAGAAGGCAAUAAUGAAAUAGAUGGCAGGAUCAUGUCUCCAAUGGGAUCUGCCAAUGAAAAGGUUCCUCCAACACCAGCCUUUCCAGUCUCCCCUAUAACACCUUAUGUGAAAAGUCCAGAUUUUUCUAUGAUGAGGCUUUGUGACCCACCGACCAGCAAUAACUCAGAGAUGUACCGACAGAUACAAGAACCCAGAAGUUACAUGGAAGGCAUAAACCAUUCAGCAGUGACGUCAGACAGCAAUGUGGAAGCCAUGUACAGAACUGAUGUCCAGAUGAUAUCCACUUCCUGUCAGAGACCCUUUGGAUCUAUGUGUUCAGCAUCCACUGGUAGCCCAGUCCCACGAUCAGAGAGCCCCUUGUCCUCUGGGCAGCCGUGGUCAGAGAGUAACUCAAAGACCCCUGUUUCCCUUCAGUCCUCUUUGACCGGGAUGAGCAGGUCCACCACCCACUGUCUUGGCUCUGCAGAGUUCUCAGCCAGCUCUGUCAACCCCAGCCAAGACUCGGUUCUUCUGUCCCAGUACACUGCCUCCCAGAUAUCCCCAAACAGUCACAGCUCUCCUAGGGAGUUUCAGCAAGGCACCAAAGCCUGCUGGAGCUCCAGCAAAAGCAGAGGUGUCAGUGGUGGGCAACAGUUUGAUGGGCAACACACGUCCAUGUUUGCCAGUCUCCCCAUGGGCACAAACUCCCCCAGUACUGGAAAAUUGCAGGUGUCAGCCUUAUUGGACAAUGAAAACCCACAGCAUGGUCUGCUUACAGCAGCUGGGGGACUGGGCCAGCACAGCCCCACUUCAAGGCACACAGGCAUGAACAUGGCUUUGCAGCCUCCCCUCCCAGAAAAGAAGAGGGUCUCGGAGGGAGAACGUUCCUUCUGCUCCAUUUCUCCUUCCUCAAGUGGGUUUUCCAGUCCCCACAGUGGGAGCACGAUCAGCAUACCGUUCCCAAGUGUCCUUCCGGAUUUCUCCAAAGUUUUAAGCACUUCACCCAUGCCAGACAACUCUGCAAAUAAGCAAUUGACUGUAAAAUUUGUACAAGACACCUCCAAAUUCUGGUACAAGCCAGACAUCUCAAGGGACCAAGCUAUUGCAGUCUUGAAGGACAAAGAGCCAGGUUCUUUCAUUGUUCGAGACAGCCAUUCAUUCCGGGGUGCAUAUGGACUGGCGAUGAAGGUUGCUACGCCCCCUCCUUCUGUACUGCAGCAAAACAAAAAAGUGGGAGAUUUGUCCAGUGAACUUGUCAGGCAUUUUUUAAUCGAAUGCACACAAAAAGGAGUAAGGCUAAAGGGCUGCCCGAAUGAACCCUACUUUGGAAGUCUUACAGCAUUGGUUUGUCAACAUUCCAUUACCCCACUGGCAUUACCAUGCAAACUCAUCAUCCCGGAUAGAGAUCCUCUUGAGGACGUUGGGGAGUCUAUGUCACAGUCUGCAACAAACUCUGCUGCUGAGCUGCUUAAACAAGGAGCAGCCUGCAAUGUGUGGUAUUUGGGCUCAGUGGAAAUGGAAUCCCUCACUGGCUAUCAAGCAGUGCAGAAAGCCGCAAGCGUAUCUUUAGCCAUGGAUCCUCCCCCAACCUCCACUGUGGUGCACUUCAAGGUGUCGGCUCAAGGCAUCACACUCACAGACAAUCAGAGGAAACUAUUUUUCCGAAGACAUUAUACUGUCAAUACUGUUAUCUUUUGUGCAUUGGACCCAAGGGAUAGAAAGUGGACAAAAGAUGGAGGUUUUUCAAAAAUUUUUGGAUUUGUGGCAAGAAAGCAGGGAAGUGCAACUGACAAUGUGUGCCACCUCUUUGCUGAACAUGAUCCAGAGCAGCCUGCCAGUGCCAUUGUCAACUUUGUGUCAAAAGUAAUGAUAGGCUCACAGAAGAAUAAAUAGUAUAACACACCCGCCCCCUUAAAAAAGAAGACGUGACUUCGGUUUGUAAGAGUGUACUUUUAACAGGUUGUACAAGACUGGUGAAGAUGGUAUGUGUAAGGUCUAUUUUGGAAGGGGUGUAGAGAAAGAGACCGAAUUAGGAAAGGGUUCUGUUUGUUAGUAGCACUUGGCUGAGAUCAGAGGGGUAUUUAAGAUACGUCUGACAAAUGGUUUUAUUAUGGUUAAGAUUAAGGGCGAAUGUUGGGUUAUAUAUUUGUGUCACAAAUUAAGAAAUAAAAGGACAACCGAAGGUUAGACUAAAACAGUAAGGACUUGUAAUGUGUAUUUAUUUGUCUUUACCACAAUAUUUGUAUUAGACUGCAGAAAACUGCCUGUUUUUAAUUUUGCACACUUGUCAUGUGCCUCAGCUUUACUUUUUCACUUAAGUUAAAAAGGACAAGAAACAACGGCUGUUAAUGUGCCUUUCUGUAGAUUUAUUUGUAAAGAUUUCCUGUUGAAAGGUCAAGGCUUUAAAGAUGCAUUAUCUACACAAGAGCUUAGACAAGAACUGAUAUAAAGUGCAUUCCAACCUGCUCUCUGAUGGCUGUCUCGAUCAAAGUGGUUGAUUAAGAUGGACACCUUUAUAUGUUCAUUAAGACGGACAAAAUACUGAGCUAACUGCAUUCCAAUCAAGUAAGGAGUGACCAGGGCAGUUUCCACAAACCUUAAUAGAGCCUCUUCUGAUCUUGUCGGCCUAAACUUGGUAUUCUCAACUUGUUCUCAAUGUACUUACCUGGUUAAAUAAAGGUUUGAAUUGAAUUGAA